AGAGCCAGCAAACACAUUCAGCAGCAUGCAGUCGAUUGCUAUUUGCCUCUGGGCCACAACUCUGUUGCUGCUUAGCUUGCGGCAAGUCUAUGGACAAAAUGCAACUACCAAUUAUUGCCAGACAGACUUGUGUCCAUUGCUUAAGAAGCACAUUGCCUGCAGGAAUAAUGGCGAGUUGUCUAGACUUUGCCCGCCCAAUGCUCAGCUGCUGAACAUCAGUGAGUAUCAGCAGCUCAUACUCAUGCAGCACAAUGAGCAGCGCCAUCUGUUGGCCGCUGGCAAAGUGCCGAGCCUGCCGCAACCCGACAAAAUGGCGACCUUGCAAUGGAGCGAGGAAUUGGAACAGUUGGCCACACUGAGUGUCAAACAGUGUGCAUUGAUCUAUGAUGUGUGCCACAACACACGAGAAUUUCGCAAUUCUGGUCAGAAUUUGGCAUUGCAGAAUAUUAGCACUGCGGUUGAGGUGACCGAUGAGGAGUUGCUGAAGAGCAACAUUCAACGCUGGUGGGAUCAGUCCAAGAACAUUACACAAGACCAAGUGGAGAGUUAUCCCAAGGAUGUCAAGAUCAGCGAUUACAUUCGCAACUUUGCUGUGAUGGCCAGGGAUAACAACACCUUUGUGGGCUGUGCUGCCAUCAAGUAUACGAAAGGUAUGCUUCAGCACUUUCUGCUGGCCUGCAACUAUGCCAGCAAUCCUGUGCCCGAGUAUGCCAUCUACCGCAUCAAAAGCAAAGGCUGCCAGAAGUACGACAGAUACUUCCCGGCACUUUGCAAGCCCGGCGAACAAUAUCGCGACAUUGAGCCCCUGGAGCCCAACAAGUGGUCGAAAUAGUUGAAAUAUUUCUAUAUAAAUAUGCAAAAAUAGAUAAAGUAUGUAUAAAUAAGUAAAGUAAAGCGCAGCCUGCUGAAAGGCAACAAAUUUAGCAUGUUGAUUUGUGUGUCAGAAUCAUAUAUCAUCGGCAUUAUGACAAGCCAGCUGCAUAUAUGGGGAACAUGAGAGUGGAGGCAGCGAGCUCAUCAUAAGACGAGAUGAGCUGCCCAUCAUUCCAUUAUGCUGCCAUCAUCAUCAUCAUCAUCAACAUGAACAUUUCGUAGACAGCAGGCUAAAAUAUGAUACUCGUUGUUUCUUGAGACUCUCGGCGACUCUGGCGACGACGUCGACAAGUUGGCAUCUAAUUUUAACGUCAAUAUACGAAACGUAAAAACGUGUCUUCAUCAA